AUGGCAUCUGUACAGAUCGUCUUCUGUCUGAUGUGUUUGUUCUUGGGUGCAACAGCUCAGACAAACUACCUGAAAUUAUCUUCCUCUGUUCAUCAGGGACCACGUUUCAUAUCAGCUAAAUCUGGCGGCAGUGUGACUUUGCAUUGCUACGAUGUAGAGAAUGCUGCUGCACGGUUUUACUGGUAUAAGCAAACUUUGGGGGAGAAGCCGAGGCUAAUUUCUACCUUCUAUAAGACCGAAAAGAUUUUUUUACAAUUUGAUGAUGAAUUCAACAAUAGUUCACGCUUUAGAUUGGAUAACGGGAAAGGAAAAAACCACUUGAUCAUCUCAGACUUAAGCAUUUCUGACUCAGCAACUUACUACUGUAUAAGGUCUUAUUUAUAUACACAAACAUUUUCAGAGACCAUUAUUGUCAAUGUCAAUGACUUAGAUUUAAACAUACAAGCUUUAGUCCAUCAGUCAGCAUCUGAGACCCUCCAGCCAGGAGGCUCUGUGACUCUGAACUGUACAGUACACAGUGGGCCUUGUGAUGGAGACCACCGUGUUUACUGGUUCAAAGAUGCUGAAGACUCUCAUCCAGGACUCAUUUACACCCGUGGAGGCAGGAAUGAUGAGUGUGUGAGGAAACCCAACACACAAACACACACCUGUGUCUACAACUUGCCAAUAGAGAGCCCGAAUGAGUCCGAUGCUGGGCUCUACUACUGUGCUGUUGCCCUAUGUGGACGCUUACUUUUUGGAAAUGGGACUAAACUAGACUUUCAAGAUGAGCAGAGUUCUUCUGUCCUGGUGUAUUUCUUAAGCGCAGCAUUAACACUCACCACGAUCAUCAGUGUUUUAUCAACAUUUUUAGUGUUUAAAAUGAACAAAAACAACAGCUGCCAAUCCACAGGUAAGAAACUCUGUUCAUAUUUUACUGCUCGGAGUCACCAGAGCACCCAAAAGGACAACCUUCAUUAUGCUGCUGUUAGAACAACUAUGACGAAAGGAGCAAGAAGACAGAGAAGCAACACCAAGGAUGAAUGUGUAUACUCCAGUAUAAAGCACACACACCAGACAUAG